GCUUCGCUCCAGCCAGUACGCGGCCACCACCGAGCGCGACCGGUCGAACGAAACAUUCUAAAUUUAAACCAGCAAACGUCAAACAGAACAAAACAUUUCGAAUCGGAGAUAAGCUGAUAAGCCGAUGUGCGAUUGUUUUCGGAGCGAGCGGUUGCGGAUUCCUGAAUAGUGACGCGGGGAUUUCUAGUGUUUUUGAAUAUGAGCAAGUUUUCAAAGUGUUUGUGGGAGAACACGGAGCUGAAUGCGAUGGAGAGCUGCUACAAGCUGUACACCUGGGUCAACGACGCGCUGCUCAUGCUGGUCGUGCAGAUCAUCUGGAAACUCAGCCAGAUCACAGAAUACUUCAGAGUCAAGCCGGCGGAAGUCCCGUCACACCCGCAGGUCCGCACGCUGAUCUUCACGCCGCUCACCCGGGAGUCCAAGCUGCGCCGCCACAUCCGCUCCAUGUCGGACGUCCAGAGCUGCACCCCCUACUACCGCGCCCCCCACCGCGCCCGCCAGGGCAGCACCCCGGCGCUCACAUACGACUCCGACUCGCGCGCCCGUCGCCACCCCGCCCACAGACUGCACCAGAUAGACUCCUCAGACUCCAGCGACUACUUCGAAUCAGUCAGGAAGAUGAGGGGCAUAGAACGGAACAUCUUGAAACACACAGACUCCAUGAGGAUCCUGUAGACGCAGAGAGAUCUGAGUGUGGACAUAGUGAAGGCUGCGAGGUCUAAGGUAGACCUCGCCAGCCCCGCGAUCGACGGCAGAUGAAGAGACUCGCCGUGAUAGGUAUUGGAACUCAUAAGUUUGUGAUUCGUGAUUUUGAAGCCUCUGUCUGUGAUUCGAACUGAAGACUUAUAAGCAAAUAGUAAUUUUUAAUAUGUAUUUUAUAGAUAGAGUUUAUAAGUUUCAUUGUAACUAGGUUUAAAAGAUUGUUUUACGAUUACGAUUAGUGUUCGAUGUAGCAUGCACAGCAUGCAUCUAAUCAACUGAUGCCAUACGAUUAUUUAUUAUUAGUAACAAGGAAGCUUCUAAGGACCAAAUAGCGCUUUAACUUGUUAGGUGUAGGUUUGUUAACGAAGUAGGUAUAGGUGAUAAAGAACUUUCAUUACAACCGAUGCCUUCCUAAAUUUUGUUCCAUUAAAACAGAUUUAUUUGACAAUCUUUUAUAUUUCAUGUUAUGAACUACUAUUAUAGGUGCCUUUAUUUAUAAUGUUAAGACCAGUCACGUCUGAGUUAAGGUUAUUGUUAGGAUUGUGAGCACAAUUUACUAGGAUAUAUUCUGUAAAAACCUAGAUUUAGAUUAUGGAUCGUGGAUCUUGCAUUAGCUUCUGUCUUUUGCCUAAAUCGUGGCUGCAGUAAAGAAGUAUUUAAACUUUUUACCUUAACAAUAGCAGUAAGGUAAAUAAGUUUAAUAAUUAGACCAACUUUAAAUUUAACUUUCAAUUUCUUUGUAAAUGAAUUGUGUUGCAAUUAACUAGUUAAGUUUGUGAGAUUGGUCCGGUUUGAAAUAAAUGCAAGACACGUUACUGCUGUCUAGUCAGAUUUUAAACAGAACUUUAUAAAUGUAUAAGGUAAGUAACUAGAUACUGAUCUUAGACUUAGAUACAGAAGAUGUGGUGUUUUACAGAAUUAAUACUUUUUUAGCAAAACGAAGAAAUAUAGAAUUCAGAAACAGUAA